CACUUUACAUCGCCGAAUUUCCCUAAUUUGUAUCCACCCAACCAGGAAUGUGUCUUUAUUUUAGAAGCUGCCCCACGCCAAAGAAUAGAGCUCACCUUUGAUGAACCGUACUAUAUCGAGCCCUCCUUUGAAUGUCGGUUUGAUCACCUGGAGGUUCGAGAUGGACCUUUUGGCUUCUCCCCACUUAUUGAUCGCUACUGUGGUCCAAAAAGUCCUGCCUUAAUUAGAUCUACAGGGAGGUUUAUGUGGAUAAAGUUUACAUCGGACGAGGAGAUAGAAGGAGGGGGAUUUAAAGCAAAAUAUUCAUUCAUACCAGAUCCUGACUUUACUUACCUAGGAGGCAUUUUAAAUCCUAUCCCAGACUGCCAGUUUGAGCUCUCUGGAGCUGAUGGGAUAGUGCGUUCCGGUCAAGUAGAACAGGAAGAGAAAACAAAGCCCGGGCAAGCAGUUGACUGCAUAUGGACAAUUAAGGCUACUCCAAAUGCCAAGAUUUAUUUGAGGUUUCUAGACUACCAAAUGGAGCAUUCAAAUGAAUGCAAGAGAAACUUUGUGGCCGUGUAUGAUGGAAGCAGUUCUAUUGAGAACUUGAAAGCAAAGUUUUGCAGCACCGUGGCAAACGAUGUGAUGCUUCAGACCGGAAUUGGGGUGGUACGGAUGUGGGCCGAUGAAGGCAGUCGACUGAGCAGAUUCAGAAUGCUCUUCACAUCUUUUGUGGAUCCUCCCUGCUCAGGCAGUACCUACUUUUGCCAUAGCAACAUGUGCAUCAAUAAUUCUCUUGUCUGCAACGGCAUUCAGAACUGUGCAUAUCCUUGGGAUGAAAACCAUUGCAAAGAAAAGAAGAGAACGGGACUGUUCGAGCAAAUCACCAAAACCCAUGGAACAAUAAUCGGGAUUACUUCAGGAGUCGUCUUGGUUCUUCUCAUCAUUUCCAUCCUGGUGCAGGUCAAGCAGCCGAGGAAGAAGGUCAUGGCUUGCAAAACCACUUUCAACAAAACGGGCUUCCAGGAGGUGUUCGAUCCGCCUCAUUACGAACUCUUCUCGUUGAGAGACAAAGAGAUUUCCGCCGACUUGGCUGACCUGUCUGAAGAACUUGAAAACUACCAGAAAAUGAGGCGCUCUUCGACGGCUUCAAGAUGUAUUCACGACCACCACUGUGGCUCCCAAGCUGCUACUGUAAAGCAAAGCAGGACCAACCUCAGUUCGAUGGAACUUCCUUUCCGCAAUGAUUUUGCACAGCCUCAGCCCAUGAAGACCUUUAAUAGCACCUUCAAAAAAAGUAGUUACACGUUCAAACAGGCUCACGAGUGCCCGGAACAGGUCAUAGAAGACAGGGUGAUGGAAGAGAUUCCGUGUGAAAUCUAUGUGCGGGGUCGAGAAGAUGCAGCACAGGGUUCCUUAUCCAUUGACUUCUAG